UUAAAUAAUAAUACUGCUACGAUGUGUGUGGAUUCAUAGCGUUUAAACAAAAACAAAAAAAAACCAAAAAAAUCUAAAUACUGCGUUUUAAUUAGAUAAUUUAAAUUUAGUUCACAUAAAAAUAAUUACAUCAACCCUCUAUUGUCUUCUCAAGAAAUCUAGGUAACGCAGUUAAUCACAUAAUACGUUUGCUUUUUCGCGUGAUUAUCAUAGUUCCGCCGGAUGUGCGAAUAAUGCUCUAGUCAAGGUAACCCAGAGAAACGAAAUUAUCGUAUACAGAUGCGCGAUGCAACGAAAUCAGUUCAUCAUCCGGUACAGACGAUGUUAGUCGCGAAUACGAAACUGACGAGAUCUAAUCCGUCGCGUGUCUUCUAUAUAGAAAACGAUUUAUAUAUAGACACGAUUUUCAGAAAAAGAAUCUGAGAGAGAACGAUAAUCUCUUUAAAAAGUCGACCGAGCUGCUAUAUUCCUUUUAUGAAAAGAGUCGUUUUAUUAGAUUUCGCUAUUCGAAGUCAACUGACAACGUCGAGAUCACCACUUAUACGGAACUAGCAAACUUUUAUUCUCGUCGUGUGACCAUCUCGUUUGCAUUUAUAUCCAGAAAAUGUGCUGCCUGUUGCUACUGCUUUUACUGCCAAUCGUAACUUCGGAGCUGUGCGACAAUCCUUGGUAUCAAUACGAUACCAUAUGUCAAAAUAAUUCUCUUUCUUGUCCUAAUAAUCAAAAGUGCGUGUUCAUCGAGUACUGCCCGGGGGUUGUAUCCCUAAUGGAUCAAAACGCGCUUUCCUCUCACAGAUUACGACAAGCGGUAUGCGGGUACGAUCGAACACAUGUAAAAAUUUGCUGCAGCGUUAAUAGUUACAUCGAACGGCCAGUACAUCCAGAUAGAAAUCUAGAUGUAUAUCCGACGCAACUAUCUUCAAAUUUUCAGUGUGGAAGAAGUAUUGUUCGAAGUAACAUAAACACUUUAGGAUCAUAUCCUUUUGUCGCAAGAAUCGGUUUCAUAAGCAAGUACUUUGCAUGUAUACGGAAAUAUUUGUAUUAUACAGAAAUUGUCAAAAAUUAUAUACAAUUUUACAUGCGUUUUCAGACUGUUAGCAAGAAUUCGCUUUUAGAUACAUUAACGGGUGAGAUCAAAUACUCGUGCAAUGGCGUGAUUGUUAAUGAGCGUACUGUAUUGACUACAGCUACAUGCGCACUCGCGAAAUCGGACAGAUACAAAUUAUGCUCUGUGCUUAUUGGUGAAUAUAAUACAGAGUCGAAUCCAGAUUGUAAUAAUUUGUUUUGCGGACACAAAAUCAGUAGCCACGACAUAUCGUAUGUAGUAAAACAUCCGGGCUACAACGCCGCAAGUUAUUCCAACAACGUUGCCUUACUUCGCUUGAAGAAGGCUAUCGAAUUUACAGCCUCAAUAUGGGAGGAAAUAGCAAUCCGGUCUUCUUCAGCCACAGCUCAACCAAUCUGCUUUAUACCGGAAGACAGAUACGUCAGCCUAGGAAGUACAUGCACUGUUGUCGGCUGGGGAAAAUUGUUAGGUCAAAAAGCGCAACCAUUGACGCAACAGUCAUUACAACUAGAACUCGUACCUAAGCAGCAGUGCUCGGACUAUAUAAGCCAAGCUCUAUCUGUUGAAUUAUGCGCCAAAGGAAACUGUGAACCUUGCUCAAGUUACAGCGGUAGUCCUCUGUUAUACAAAUAUGCGGACAUAUAUUUCUUGGUAUGUUAUCAACAUAAAUAUUUACAUAUACUACAGACGUAGUUCACAUAUUU